GAUACUGGAGGACCAGGGUUGGGAAACACUGUCGGGGCUACUGGAGGACCAGAUCAUUUCCUGGGUGCUGCCCGCAGUACUGAGGUAAACAGAGGCUGAGGAGAGAAUAGAGAUGCCUGCCUGGGGUAUUCUUUACACAUGUUCCAGGGCUGCGUGCCCCUUUCUCUUUUCUUCUAAAUUCACCAGAUUCCCGGGGUUUUUUUCUAAGGCAAAUCUCUGAUCGGGACACAGGCAAUAAUUUAAAAGGAGCGAAGAUCCUAUCAUCAGUCAAUGCUGGACUGAGGAUAUGUGGUGGGGGAUUUGAUGGGCCAGCCUGAGCCAUGGCUCAUGGGAAGAAGCCAGAGAAGAUCACCAGAAUCCUGGGGCCCAGCCCUCCGUCCUGCCCUGGCCAUGCUGGAUUCAUAGAGAAGAAGCCAGGGACUAUUAGGAGAAUAUUGUCCGCCAGUCCUCCACCCUGCCGUGGUCCCACAGGAUCCAAAGAAGAGUCUAAUGAAGGACCUCAUAAUGAAGGACCUCAGAAAGAAAGACCACAGAGUUUGAGGAGUAAGGGCCCUCCGCUCUGCCCUGGCCCCUUAUCCACAGGGGAGCCCACUGAUGAAGGACCCCGGAGUCUGAGCAGCAAAGGCCCAACUGAAGGACCUCAUAAUGGGCCUCGGAGUCUGAAGAGUGAGGACCCUCCUCAGCACUCUCAGAGCACCAGCAUUGAGGAGCUGGACAAUAACAAUGACGAGAGGACCCCUGGGCCUGCAGCACCUGCCCCUGACCCUGCUAGUGCAACACAGGCCCACCCAAACCAAGCCUACAGCCACCUGACUCAGGUCCAGAACUACCCUCGGCAGCCAGAUGCCCAGGCCCAGGCCCGACAGCCCCAGCAGCAUUGCAGAGAGAGUCCAACCAGCCCCAGCACCAGGCCCACCUCUGACUCCCCAUCCAGUCAGGAGAGACAUCCCAGGGCUGUUAAACUACCACCUGUCCUUACCAGUGCAUGUCCUAACCAGCCGUGUCUGAUUAGUCCCUCCAGUUCACCUCUUCCUGUCCCUGCUACAGCUAGUGUCUCCUCUGAGCUCUCGCUGAACCAGCCCGGUGACACCACCCUCCCUGACAGCAUGGAUGAGGAGGAGGAAGAGGAAGAGGAGGACAGCUGCUCAGAGUAUGACAACGUGGGUUCGGACGUGGAGGGUGUGGAGCAAGACAUUGAUCAGGUACUACAGGUGGAAGACCAGGGUAUGAAAGUGAGGUACUACAAACACUAUCCUGAGCCUCAGGAUGGAAGUUAUCUGGAGAGUGAGGAUGGAACCGACGUGGAACACCAAGACAGAACCUACAUGGAAUGUGAAGACAGAACUUACAUAGAACACGAAGACGGAACCUACGUCGAAAGCGAGGAUGGUACCUAUUGCCCCAAGGAUGACACCUAUGUAGAAGGUCAGGAUGGUACCUAUGUGGAGGGUAGUGUGGAGGGGAACAGCCUGGAGGGGGAUGGGAGCAGCACUGGACAAUGCAAACACACCGGGUCACUGUACGGACCUGAGUCUGACGAAAUGGUUAUGUAUAAUGAAAGACUAGAGACAGAUACAAAUCCUUUUAGCUCUUCUGAGCAUCAGUUCAGUGACAAUCCAUGUCAUGCCUCCAAGGCUGGAGACGAGGAGGAGAAAGGGAAGGUGGAGGUGCAGGAGGAGGAGGUGGAGGGGCAGGAGGAAGUGGAGGGGCAGAAGGGGCAGGAGGAGGUGGCGGGGCAGAAGGGGGAGGAGGAGGUGGAGGGGCAGGAGGAAGUAGAGGGGCAGAAGGGGCAGGAGGAGGUGGCAGGGCAGAAGGGGGAGGAGGAGAGGAGGAUUCUGAAGAGACAGAGGACAGAGAGCAGGAGAAAACACCCAGCAGCCACCAGGAGAAAUAUGGGGAGAGGAUGA